AUGGCGGCGGCGGGAGGCUCGGCUAGCUCGCUCGCUCGCUCCCUCGGCGCUCGGCCCGUCGGCGCCCGCGCCCGCGCCCGCUGCGGCCUCCACAGGAAGUGCCGGCGGCCGGCCUCGCUUCUCGUCCGCGGCUCCAGCGGCUGCCACCGGUGCACCCCAGCGCCCAGUGGAGGGGCAGGGAGGCCUGGAGUCUCCCCGCAAGACACCAUGGAAAAGUACCAGAUUUUGGACUGGCUGAAUCCUGGGGCCUUGGGGGUGAACCUUCUGGUGGAGGAGACAAAAACCAAAGUAAAGCACGUGAUAAAGCAGGUGGAGUGCAUUGAUGAGCAUCAGGCCAACGAGGCCCUGGAGGAGUUGAUGCCGCUGCUGAAGCUUCAGCACGCCCACGUCUCCAUCUACCAGGAGCUCUUCAUCGUGUGUAACAGUGAGAUCUCCUCUCUGUUCCUUUGCCUGGUGAUGGAGUUCCACGAGGGAAGCUUCCAGGAUGUCAUUGAGAAGAAGAGGGCAGCAAAGAGAGUCAUUGACUCCCAGUGGAUGCAGAACAUGCUGGGCCAGGUGUUGAAUGCGCUGGAGUACCUGCACCAGCUGGACAUUAUCCACAGGAACCUCAAGCCCUCCAACAUUGCCCUGGUCAGCAGCGACCACUGCAAACUGCAGGACCUGAGCUCCAACGCACUCAUGAGCGACGUAGCCAAGUGGAAUGUCCGUGCAGAGGAAGACCCCUUUCACAAGUCCUGGAUGGCCCCCGAAGCCCUCAACUUCUCCUUCAGCCAGAAAUCUGACAUCUGGUCCCUGGGCUGCAUCAUUCUCGACAUGGCCGGCUGCUCCUUCCUGGAUAGCACAGAAGCCAUGCUUCUGCGGAAGUCCAUCCGGAGUUCCCCCGACGGCCUGAGGGGUGUCCUGAGGACCAUGGAGGAGAGGAGGGUCCCCGAUGCGAAAAUCUUCAGUUCCCUUUUGCCUCUGAUGCUCCAGGCCGACCCGUCGGAGCGAAUAACCAUCAGGGACGUGAUUCACUUCACGUUUGUGAGCAGCGACUUCAGGUCCUCCAGUGGUGCCCUGAUGCUGCACCGGCAGGUGGUGCCCGAGUUCAUCAUCGACAUGCUGCUAGAAAGCAACGUCGCCGGCAUCUUAGAGGUCAUGCAGAGCUUCCCCAGCCACCCCGAAGUCCAGCAGAGGGCCAUGAAGAAGCUCCUGAGGAUGUCUGAAGAUCAGCAAGGUGUGCCGUGGCCAGCGGAGCUGGCGGAGGUGUUGAUCGGCAUCAUGAAGCAGCACGAGAGGAUCCUUGACAUACAGCUGUGUGCCUCCUCCCUGCUGCUCCGCACCCUGGGCCAAGCACUGGGGCAGGACCCGGCGGCCACGGUGCCGAGCGACAGCGCCAUCACCCCCGCGCUGCUGAGCGUCCUGCGGAGCCACCCCGAAGAGCAGCAGCUCCUGGUCACGGUCUACAGCCUGCUCACCAUCGUCGCCAGCCAGGGUGGGUGCCGCCCUCCCGUGGGCGCAGGGCUCAGGCGGGCGGCGCCGGGCUUCCCGAGGGGACAGCUGCUCUGUCCCCAGCUUCCAGGUUCACAGUCACGUGUCCCUCUGUCAACAUGCACGGGCACCGGCCAGGCGCCACCGUGGGCUUCACGCCGACGUGUUUCAGGUUCCAGCCCCUGCUGCCCCACCGGCCCCGCUCAGCCCCGCUCCACAGAGGCCACCAGCAAGUGGCUGAGGGACAGAGCGGCCACAGAUGAGCUGCAGAGGGCCGGGCUGUGUGAGCACAUCCUGGAGCACCUGGACACCUUCCCCAGGAACAGGGACAUCUGCAUCAACGGCCUGAGCCUGCUCUGGGCCCUGCUGGUGGAUGCUGCCAUCGUGAACAAGGCCCCCUUGGAGAAGGCCCCGGCCCUCAUUGCUGAGGUGCUGGCCACCUACCCCACGGACGCGGAGAUGGCUGAGGCCGGCUGUGCGGUCCUGUGGCUGCUGUCCUUGCUGGGCUGCAUAAAGGAGCAGCAGUUGGAAGAGGCGGUGGUGCUGCUCCUGCAGAACAUCCGGCUGCGCCAGGACCGGGUCCUGCUGGUGAACAACGCCUACCGGGCGCUGGCCAGCCUCGCGAAGCUGUCUGAGCUGGCGGCCCUGCAGGUGGUGAUGCCCGAGGAGGGCGGCAGCGGCCUCACCCUCAUCCAGGAGACGUACCAGCUCCACCAGGAUGACCCGGAGGUGGUGGAGAGCAUCUGCAUGCUGCUGGCCCACCUCGCCUCCUACAAGGAGAUCCUGCCGGAGCUGGUGUCCAGCGGCAUCCGGCCCCUGGUCGAGGAGAUCCACGGGCGCUUCACCUCCAGCCUGGUGAGUAUCGGGGGCCGCCUCAGCCAGCCCUGGGUGGCCCAGAGCCCAGGGGCCGGACGGCCGGUUUGUGUGCAGGCGACUGCCGCGUGAGUGGCUUUAAGAGGCUCUCCCUGUACCGCCCGUGUCCACACUGGGCCGAAGUAAACCCUGGAGGGG